UUUAACAGUCACAUUGCGCCGGUACCGCAAGGUUACCGAAGGCGAAGUAGUACCUCGAACGACGUAUCUCGCAGAUAAUUCUUUCCUUGCUUUUUUUUUUGUUUUGUUUUGGUUUUCGACUUAUUUAUAGCUUCGGUCUUUGCGAGUCUGUACCUGAGAGGCCGUAAUUUAUCUCGCGGGUUUACCAUAUCAAAAUCGACAAGUAAACAAAGACCGAACUGUUAAACGAAAAACGUGCAAAAGUGGAAUAAAUUGGUGCGAAAAAAAAUUUGAUAUUUUUGUGAUUUUAUCGCGGUUAUGGUCGGUCGGGUGUGAUUUUGCUGCAUCACUUGUGUGAUUGGGAUUUGGAUUACCUUCAGUACUUUUUUAUUAAAAUGGAGAAAGCCAAGCAACCACUAGCACACCUCAACCGCCAUGACAACAACAGAACAUCCACCAACAACCGACCUGCAGAGUCCUUCUGCUGAAUCCGAAACCGAGACCAAAACCAUCUUCAGCAUCCUCUCGAAAAUCAAAGAAACUGAUCUACCCACGGAUUUAAGUAACAAUACUACAAAAAAUGACGAAGAUAUCCUGAUCGUCACAAAAGCCCCUAACAGUAACACAACUUCCAUAAACAAAAGUGUUUAUUUGAAGCUGCAUAGGAGUGAUUCGCCCAGUAGGAACACCCAGUUUGAUCGGAUCAAGGAGAGUUUCGAGAAGCCCGUACCGGCACCGAAACCACGCAGGUUAAAGUCGAAAAGCCAAAUUUUCACUCCCACAAAAGAAUCUAAAGAAGAAAAGCCUAUAAGGCAUAGCUGGAACGUCCCUAAGAUCAAACACAAAGAUGUCAACUCGAAUAAUUUAAAACAGGAAGACUCUAGUGGGGAAGACGAGUUCGUGACCAUCGUCACCAGAUCGGAUUCCGAAGAAAGCGUGCUUAAGUUCGAAAAGGAACUGUCAGCAUUCACUAUGGAUAAGAAGAAACGCACUAGCAGCUUCAAGAAGAUCUUUUCGGUCUUUAGCAGCAACAAAGACAAGAAAAAGAAACACCAAGAUAAGACGUUAAGCAAUCAGAACAAAGAGAAUGGGGAAACCUACUCGGACAACUUUAAUAACGAAAGCAACAGCUUCAGCAGGCAAUCUGCCUACCGGCAUACCAUAUCCAAUGAUACUACAAGAGUUCCUAAUAGCUUCACUCAAGAACAAUUAAGUAAAGAGCUUGCCCAACACCAAAUCAACCAGAUGAAGUACAGAGAGAAUCUGGAACGUGCAUCAUCUCACCUUAAGCCUGAACCAACUAAUCAGCUCAGUCUAGGAUAUACCCCCAUGGACAAACCAAUUAAUUAUAAAAAUAACGUAAACAUUCACAAAUAUAUUGACACCAGUUCAUCUGCUAGCACCUUGGAGUCCUCCGAGCGCUCCAACUUGUACCAGAAUGAGGUGCUAAGAAAAGAAACUGAUGAUGUCCAAGUACGUUAUCCUCAAAACUCUUAUAGGCCAAACAGAGUUAACGACAAUAGACGAGACACUCCUCCAAGAUUAUUAGAAACACAACAGGAUGUCAGACUGGUGAACCCAAAGGCCCUUAUUCCAAUAAAUUCCGAGAGACCCUUGCCAAACCCUUACCAAAACGGUAAUAGAGAGCAAUCUCCAAUCAAUUCCAACAGCCGGCCACAUUUGGAUGAUACCUAUGGAACAGUCUUUGAUAGUCUGGAGAAACCUAAGAACAAGUUAGCAGAGAAGCCUCCAAGGUCUCCUUCAGUAGAAGGCAGUAAGAUCAGGUUGCCGCCAAACAGGGAAAUAAUACAUCUAUCUCCCCGAAUAAGGUCUCCUAUCCCACCGGAGAAUAUCCCUACUGAGAAAAUUAUUGCCACGGAGCUCCUGAAACCUAAGAGGUCCCCUACGCCGCCCACCAAGAAAAAUCUAAAACCAGACGAGCCCAGUCACCAGAGGUUGGAAAUCGAUAUAGACUAUCCCGAUAAUUUGGACUAUAUGAGCAAAGAGGAGAAUCUGGUGACUAAGCCUCCAUUGGCCAACAAAAAGCUGUUAAUAGAAAGAAUCGAUCAAAUAUCCAGAAGCAGUAAUGAGAGCGUUGCGUUAAAACAAAGACUGAGUCAAGCCUCCCCCAGCUCAGAUAGAUUAACAACAAGUGCCCAAAUCCACACUAACUCCCCCAGCAACCGCACCCCCACCCCGAACUACUCACUAAGUAGCCAAAACUUAUCUAUAUCCCCUGUCAGGUCCAACAAUCGACCCUCCACUCCUUCGAACUCCCAAAUCUCACAGUCACCCAAGACCACCCCUCAGAAGCAAGACAUGCGAAAAAGCGUCGAAGCAUAUUACUGGAACGAGAUAAAAAAACUGAAGGACCAAGAGAACUACGAGUUGUACUUGAUGCAAAUGCAAUACAAUAACUCGCAAUAUGACAACGCGAACAUACGGAGAUCCAGAAGCAUGUCCCCAACAGCGAAUAGGGACAGCAGAAGGAGCUUAAGCUUGCCAAGAGAAGCCAGACCGGCAGUAUUCGUUUACCCCAACCCCAUUCCAGAAAACCGUGCGGUGACUCACCAGGCACAACCAAGAAGUAUGCAGCAGCUCCAGUUCCAGCAGGAAAGGCAACAUUUUCAACACAAUACACCCGAGAGAAGUACCGUGGAUGGUAGCCCAAGAAAGUUUGAUAACAGUAGCACCAGUAGUCUUUAUAGGCCGAUAUUUAAGAGGGGCAGCUUAAGCACUCCGCCAAGGCAGACGGAUGACUCUUUAAAGCGCAAAGUGAGCUUUUCUGGUAGCCAGGAUCCGCAACCACCUGCGUGGCCUACGAGAAAUGGAUUUACCCAAAGCCCUCCACAGAGGCGAGACAGUCGCCAACAACUUCAAGGAGAUGACGACGUGUUUUAUGCUCAGAACAACGAAAUAUUACGAGCGAGUCAACGAAACGACCUCCCUACUGAGGAGAUUUACUAUAACAACCGACCAGAGCCAACCUAUGUACUACGUGGACAACGGAACGGAGUUUAUACCACAGUAGAAAACCCUUAUGGGCAAAGAAUGGUUCAGAACCAACGAAGAUUAAUGCCACACGCAGAAGAAGCUUUAUAUGGUCAACCUAUUGAUGCUGUACCUAUUUUAACUAGGCACGGUUCAAUCCAAAUCCAAGAAGAAUUAUAUGAAUCAAGACCAAUGAGAAGGCUCUCGUAUCAAAACAAUCACAUUCCCAGACCGAGCGUUCCAAACACCCCAGUCCAGAUGAAUCAUCCGGACCAGUAUAUGGCCAGAAGACCCCCUAGUGUCCAAAGCAUCCAGCACCCUCACAUGAAAAGAGAGAUCAUUGUAAACGAUGAAAUAUUUGGACAAUUUGGAGGAUACGCUGGUCCAAAUAACAACAAUAUCCGUGUGGCACCCAGUCAGCAGAACAUAUACUCUUCAAGGCAAAGCAUUGUCGAUUACAACUCACAAUACAUUUCUCGGCCCCAUAAACAAGUAACCCUAAGCAACAAAGUGUGUGACAUGUACGGUCAGAUUCACGAUACAGACUCCUCCAAGAUACGACAAAGCGGUGUAAUCAUGGGGCAACUCCAGCAGCAGCAGCAGCAGAGUCCCGGAAGUCCCCCGGUAGCAAGAAACCCUUACAACAACCAGCAACAGUUCGUACGUAACAGUAGACUCACCUCUAGUGCGAGCGAUAUGUAUCGUAGAGCACAACAGCUGCCACGACAGAAUGAGGGUAUGUAUGGGAGGGUGGGGCAAAAUGUGGCACCAUCCAGGCCCUUACCACCUGUACCAAACAAGAAAUUGAUGGGAACACGAGGGAUGGUGAGCGAUACGGAGAGUGGGUCAGAUGCCAGUGAGAUCCAACGGAUUAUGAAUAGUAAUGGUGGGAAAGGGAAGAAAAAGGGAUUGUUUGGGAAGUAACGGUUAGGGUUUUGAUGAUUUCUUGUGCAUACUGAUGAUUUUUACUCUAGAGGUUCCACUUUCUCCAUUUAAGGUAAUAGUUUGGAAGAGUGAGGGUAACAUGUGGCACCCUUCAGACCCUUACCAUUUGUAGCAAACAAGACAUUGAUGGGGACAUGAGGAAUGGUAAACAAUAUAGAGCGUGGGUCAGAUUCCAGUGAGAUAUGAUUGGUUUUGAAUCAUGGAGGUGGAAAGAGAAUGUUUGGGAAGUAACAGAUAUGGUAAUGCUGAUUUAUAUGAUAGAUAUAGUUACACUUCCUCCACCUAAGAUCGAAGUUUGGAAGAGUGAUGGUAAAAUGUGGCAACAAAAGUUCCAGCCUCUGUGCCAAUUGAAAAAUUAGUAAAAAUAGGUCAGGUGUGAGUGAGAUACUGCAUAUUUUGAAUGGCAUUUAGAGUGGGAAGAGAAGAGUAAACAUUGGAAAAAUAAGGCGUAAAAAGUCAAAAUAUUGAAAUGUGCUUAUGAAUUAUCAGUUUGAGAUAAGAUACGGAAAAGUGUAUUUAUUUUUAUAAAAUUUACGAUUUCAUGUGCUUAUUGUGCUCAGGAUUAUUUACGUUCGAUGAUGAUGCUGGAAAUUUAGGAAAACCAGAAAUUUUUUACGACAUUAUUUGAUAAUCUGAUUCUGAGGAUUUUAAUAUUUUGAUUGCAUUUUUGCUUUUUAUAUUUAGUUUUUAAGCAGUAUUAUUAUUUAUACAAACUUUCCAAUAACUUUGUUGGUAUUUGUUUGAUAUGGACCCUUCAUCUGUUACAUACACUAAGUAUAUAACGAGUUACGUACUUAGUACUUAGGCUUAGAAACAAUUCGAACUACUUUAAUAUAUGAUAAGUACUAACGUAAUGUGUAUAUUUGGUAUUUCAUAUAUAAUUUCUACUAUUUAUCUGUGUUAUAUUUUAGGAAUAAAUAUAUAAUUUUACAGUUAUUGAUUCUGUAAGCUACGACAUUAGAGAACAAUUAUGUUUGUAUAAAAAAGAAAUAUUUUCUUGUAUAAUUUAUUGAAUAAAUUAUAAUAUAUUGUUAUGAUAUGAGAUAA